AUGCGGCUUUUGAUGUUCGCAUGCUCAUUCGGCCAUCUUUUCGUCCGUCCGCGUAACCAACUUGGCCUGUUCCUGCGCCGGGGAACCCAUAAAACAGGGGGUUUGUAUGUGUAUGUGUUUGUCUGUGAGCGUUUGUCGACUAUCGGCCUCAACCGCGUGGCCACGGCAGACUGUGUGAGCUUGCGACUGGCAGCCUCUGACGCUGUCCCCACGUCUGGCACGGAAUCUGACGUCUCUCUGCUCGUCAUGUCCGCUUGUUGCCUCUCUCUCUCUCCCCGCCCUGACAACCGGCCCUACCAUCGGCCACCGACGCCAACCUCCGCCUCGCCUCCCUUCCCCUCCUCAUCGGAUGCCCUUCCCCCCCACCUCGCCCUAUACCGCAUGCCACAUGCCAUAUGCCACAUGGCACAUGUCACAUGA